GGAAUGUAUUAAUUGUCAAAGAAAAAUUUUCCGUCAUAUAGACGAAAAAUUGUUUCCGAAACGAAAAUUUAUUUCUGCAUCAUUCCAGCCAGGUAGCGCCUGUAAUAUUAUAAAUAAAUAAACACAAGCUGGUAUGGAAAUUGUUGGUUAAAAAAUAUUUAAAAUGUCAGCGGAUAUUAUAGUCGAACGGUAUCAAUAACCCAGGCAAAGCAUCCUAAUUUUCACGGUACCAACACUUUAUACCCGGAUUGGGGGAACGCUAAACUUUACGCUUGUGCAAAAGUUAUCCUGAGAUAAGGUUUAUUUUGGCCUUAACUCGGCGCAUCAACGGUGUAUGAAUUGAUACUUAAAAACGUAUCAAGUGUGCGUUUGGGUUUGGGAGAUUCGGUAGUGCCACACGGAUUUGGCAAAUGAUGUUGUCUUCAAUAAAUAAUUCCUUCGAACAGGAUACGCAUGAUGUAGAUGGGAUCUGCGAUGGACCGGAUUUGGACUUCAUUUAUGCUGAUAUAGAUACGUAUCAAAACGAAAUAGCAGAACUAUACAGUUAUACGGAAUUUAAUGAACUCCAACAAAAUGUGAAAGCCUUUGAAGAUCAAAUGGAAAUGUAUGAUUUGCCACCAAAUUGGCAGAAACAGGAUACCUCAUCUCAGCGCAGUAUCAUAAUGAAAUUAAUCGAUCAACUCGAAGUUUCGAAUCGUGCAUUUCGAAUGCAGGCCGCGCGCUGCAUUCUGUAUUUGGCACAAGGAUGUUGGGCAGAAGUUCAAUCUGACGAAGAGCAACAUAACAUCACUCGGGACAAUGUAAUAGUGCUAUAUGAAUUGGGCGUAUUUUCUUCUUUCAUAGAUUUGCUUAAUAUGGAGAUAGAGAGCGCUUGUUCUCCCGACAUCGUAGCAGUUAAGAUAACCAAUGUAACUUUGGUAGACUCAACCGAUUUGCGCGUAAUUCUUUCCGUAUUGUACAUAAUUACGGAAACAAUUCGAGAUGAAAGGGACAAAGAGAGUGAGGAUUAUAAAAAAAUUGCAGACGCUUUUAUACAAGAAAUAAAUAGCCCUCUCCCUGAUGGAGAAUUGCUUGCUGUUAAACUUUUAGGAAUGAUAACGCGUUUUUGUAGUGGUGCCGCACCUCACUUUCCCAUGAAGAAAGUUGUUCUUCUAUUAUGGAAAAUAACAUUGCUAGGACUAGGCGGUAUGGAAACACUAAAAAAUCUAAAAAAUGACUAUCGCAUCAAGGCUGGGCUUGAUCCAGUUACUGAAGAUACACUGGAAGUAACAAAAAAUAUGCGUGCUAGCUCACCGCCAGCCACUGCUACUGAUAUAUUGGAUAAUCAAAAUCCAAAACGGAAUGCAUUUCGACGUUCCUUGAUGAAGCAACGUUUUCUAGAUGAACAAGAGCAAAUGGACAUGGAGCUAACACCCGGUAAUGAAAGUGCUCCUACAGGUAACAAUGGUGGUAAUGGUAACCAAGAGGAAGAUAUCUCUCAGUUUUAUCGUCAAUUUGAGGAUCCUUCUGUAAACACAGCUAACCCUAAUAAUGAGUCAAGCUUCUCGCAACCACCACCUGUCCUACCUGUACAAGCUACAACUCGUUUGCCGUGGACUCCGAAAGUGCGUCAGAAGGACAUUGACCAAUUUCUAGAUAUAUCGCGCAACAAAUUUAUCGGCUACUCAUUGAUCGAUGAUCACGAGAGUCUCGCUGGACUCCCACAACCUAUACAUGAGGGCGUCCAGACUUUACGCCGACACAUGUACGUUAGUCUAGCCGAUGUCCAAAUAAAAAAAGAGGAGGAUAUUGCACGAAAUCCAAUCUCUACACAAGAAGACGAAAUCCCUUCCAAUCCCGCCGAAGUACUAUAUCAGGCCAUUUUGCCAAAUUUACCACAAUACAUGAUAGCAUUGCUGAAAGUUUUAUUGGCAGCAUCGCCCACGUCCAAAUCGAAAACGGAAAGCAUUAAUAUAAUGGCUGAUGUAUUACCCAAGAAAAUGCCAAUAACAGAUUCGCAAAAGCUCACAGUCGACAUGAGUCGGCAUAAGGAAAUCAUUGUUAAAGCGGUAUCUGCAAUUAUCCUGCUUUAUUUGAAGCAUUUCAAAAUUAAUCACAUAUAUCAGUUCGAAUUCAUGUCGCAGCAUCUGGUAUUCGCCAACUGUAUUCCGCUAGUGCUUAAGUUCUUCAAUCAAACUAUAACCGAAUAUGUGGGCAUGAAAAACACCAUACCGCUUUUGGAUUUCCCUUCUUGUGUAAUUGGGGAGCAGCCAGAUCUUUCAGGUGAAAGUUUCGUUUAUAGUGGUGAAGUCUCUGAUAAGCCAUACUAUUCGUGGCGUAAUGUCUUCUCCUGCAUCAAUCUUUUGCGUAUACUUAAUAAGUUAAUAAAAUGGAAGCACUCGCGAGUUAUGAUGUUAGUCGUUUUCAAGUCGGCGCCCAUACUCAAAAAAACACUGAAAGUGCGUCAUGCUAUGAUGCAGUUAUAUGUCUUGAAGCUACUUAAAAUGCAGACAAAAUAUUUGGGCCGUCAAUGGCGUAAAUCUAAUAUGAAGACAAUGAGUGCCAUUUAUGCAAAAGUCCGUCAUCGCCUUAACGAUGACUGGGCGUUUGGAAAUGACUUGGAAUCGCGUCCAUGGGAUUUUCAGGCGGAAGAAUGUACACUUCGUGCUUGCGUGGACCGCUUUAAUUUGCGACGCUAUCCAGAAGCUACACAAAAAUGUGGCGCAGGUGGAAACAAUGGAAAUUCCGCUAACUCAGACAAUUCAUCUGGCAAUAUUGGAGGUGGUGUAGGGAGUGGCAGUAAUAUAGGGGCAGGUACUGAUGCUAAUGGUUUUGGCGGAGGCGGUACUGGCGGUGGAGGUAAUGGGCAUGCUCAGUUAAAUGAUUAUGGUGUUGAAGGGGGAUUUCCAAGCGAUGAAAUCCUAUCGCACUCAGAUUUUGCAUUCUUUGGACACUCGGGUUGGUGGGAUCGUAAAGUGGAAUUGACCGACUAUUUCAAAGAAAACUACUCGAUAUGGCUGGAGGAAGAAGUUUACAACAAUCAAAUUGACUGGGAUGCGCUGUAGGCGGCAUAAAGCGAAUUUGAAGGCACUAUGUUUAAGCAGCCAGCAAAACAGAAACUAAAAUUAUUGACAAGUUCAUAAAGCUAAAUUAUGAAUUUCAAUCAUUAUACACAUAAAAACAUAAGUAUGUAUGUGCACGCAUAAAUCGAAUACUUAAAAAGAUAAAUUAUUUACACAUA